AUGAGUGGUCAGAUGUGUAGAGGACCAUCGACUGAGAUCUGCAUAGUCACAUCUUGUAUGGCAACCAAUCUAUCUGCCUCUCUUGGAGCAACAGUGACCAUGAGUUCAGUCUACAAUUCUUUGUAUAGUGCUACAAAGGCUAUAGAUGGUAAUCCAAAAGAUGUUACUGGACAGAGACUUUUUGGUUACGAUUGUGCUGCUACAACGACGUCUGAUGAUCCUUGGCUUCAAGUUGACUUGCAAAAGAAAUAUUUUGUGUCACGUGUUAGAAUUAUCCCUAUAGGUAAUAGAGGUCAAAAUGUGUAUGUUUAUGUUGGCAACAGCUUAACAAACAAUGGGAAUGACAACCACAAGUGUGGAAAGGCUCCAUAUGACGGCUCUUCCACUAAUGCAAUAUGGCGAGAUGUUAGCUGCAGUCCACCAGUUUGGGGAAGAUACAUUAAUUUACAGAGAAUAGGGACAAAUCACAUACUUAUGGUAUGUGAGGUGGCUUUCAACUAUGAGUUGGAGAUUGCUAUUCUAGACAAUAAUAUGAAUAUUGAAGGAACAAGUGUGGCAGUUGAUGAGAAUCAAGAUUACUCUAAUCCUAUUGAUUGUGGUGUCAGUCCUGGUGUGACCAACUUUAAUUCUCUCUUGCAAUGGAAACACAACACAACCAGUGCUGUACCAUCUUCAAGUAUACAGACUACUGGUGUAUAUCAGAUGUAUGAGAAUGGUUUUCAGCGGCUCUACAUCAAGUCAGCUAGUGCCUCUGACAGUGGAGCGUAUACAUGCCAAUCUACUGUAACUAAUAGCUCUAUAGUGGCAAAGUCAUUUACACUGAACAUCAAUGUGAAUUGUGUAUGGGGCCAGUGGCGAAGUUGUACAUCGUCAUGUGGUGUUGGAACUCGUACUCGUACAAAAGCACGUCUUCAGCAGCACAAUGGAAUGGACUGUGUGGGGUCGCCAACUGAGGACUGUGACAGCAACCAACCACCAUGUACGCCAACAAUUAAUCAUCAGUCACCAGUUUCUGGCGAUGAGUCAGCAUCUUUAGAGUUGACUUGCUCUGCGUCGCAGUAUGUUGGUGUGACUAAUGGUAUGGAAAUCAAAUGGUACAGACAAGAGAGUGGAUCAGAGUCAGCUAUUGCUUCAAGCUCAAACAUAUUCAUUUUAACUAAUCAUGAUGGAUCAGGCACCUUUACUGGGACACUUAAAUUUAGGUCUCUAAAACGUUCUGACACAGGAUUGAUCAAAUGCAGAGCACUGAAUGGUUAUGGUUUUAGUCCAUAUUCUCUAAUUAUAGCAUUGAAUGUCAAAUAUGCUCCAGAAUCAGUUAACAUUGCACCGUUUCAGCCAGUAGGCGUGAAAGGACAAAGCAUAACACUAGCUUGUACUGCUGAUGGUAAUCCAACUCCAUCGUUUCAAUGGAAGCAACCACAUGGUUCCACAUCAACGGGUCCUUCAUUGUCUAUCUCAUCUGUGAAGUUUGAACAUGGUGGCACAUACACGUGUAUUGCCACGAACAAUAUAGAGGCUGGUACUAAAUCUAGUGAGACAUCAGUUGACUUGACAGUUGAAGGUCCUCCACAGAAAUGUAAUGUAGUUUCAACCCAAAGUUAUGAUGGUCAGAGUAUGAAUGUUGCAGUUAGUUGUCCAGAAAAUGGAAAUUCUUCUAUAACUGCAUACCGGAUAGAAUAUCGGUUGAAUGGCAAUGGUAUGACAUGGAAGUCAAGAGAGUUUGCCGCUACUAUUCUUCAACCCUUUGUUAUUGAUGGCCUUGAACCAUUUGAAUCAUACAAUUUUAGAGCAACAGCUAGGAACAAAUAUGGUUAUGAACCUGGGGAGUCAUCAUUUAAUAAUGUUGUUACAAAUACUACCGCUGAAGACUAUCCUGGUCCUCCCAGUGUAGUCAGUUCAUCACAGAAUGCUUCUCGCUGGCUUGUUGUGUCUUGGUCACUACCUGACCAACCAAAACGGGAUCCCAAAUACUAUUUUGUGUACUACCAACGAGUUGGUCUUCGUCAGUUGCGAGACACUAAACGAUUGAAUGUAACUGGCACAUCGGUCAAUUUGACCAUGCUCAGUCCAUUUACUUGGUACAGUGUUGAGGUGGCAGCAGUGAAUGUUCGUUCUCAUGAUGGUAAGGUAUUGAAGGGGCAAAGGAGCGUUGCGAGGAACUUCAGCACAGAUGAAGAUGCUCCUAUAACAACACCACGUGAUGUGACAUUUACUACUGAUCCACCACAUACAGUCAAUGUGAGUUGGAGAGAACCCACCACACCAAAUGGAAUUGUUUGGUAUUACAUUGUUGAAUACAUGCUAGCAGACGGAAGUGGAACUAAAACGGUUUUAAAUCGAGUAAAAGGGCUGAGCCAGGUGAUUAGCAACUUGCAAGAAUCGACAUAUUAUGAUGUCACAGUUCAAGCCUACACCAUUGCAGUUGGACCAGCAGCAUCAAUAAGAGUAGCAGCACAUGCAAUGACACCAACUCCACCUCAGCAUGUGAGAAAUUCAAGUGUGAUGUCAAGUUCAGUUUCUAUUCAGUGGGAUUCUCCUGUUAACUCAAAUGGCAUCCUUCGCUUUUAUACAGUUUACUAUAGCACUGAUGCUUUACAAUAUGACUCGUCUCCUGACAUUUUCAUUAGUCGAAGUACAUACACAUUGAUGAAUCUUAGUCCAUACACAACAUACUUCCUAUACAUGUCAGUUACAAACAAUGCCAACUUUAACUCAGAAAGUUUGCCUAGCAAUUUUAUUCAAGUGCAAACUCUUCGGUCUUCUCCUCUUAAACCAGAUAAACCAUUAACUGGUGACACAAGACCAUCAGCAACAACUAUAACAUUGGUGCCUCCAAGUGUUGAUGAUUCCAAUGGUCCAAUAAAGUAUGUUGAUUUUAUUGUGCACGAGGAUGUGACUGGAUUCGAUGGUGAUGAGGCAGCUAAUAUACCACCUGUUAUUAAACCAUAUGACAAGAGGAGGAUCUGGUAUGUGGCAGCUCGAUAUGAAUAUGAUCACUACAUGAAGAACAUAGGUGGACGUCAAUUUAUAAUUGGAAAUGGUUCAGUGGUAUCUGCUGGAGGUAUAGAGUACACAAAUGGACCACUACAGGCAGGACAGUCAUAUCUGGUUUAUAUCCGCAUCAUUGGGAUUGCAGAUGAUGGGAUGCAGGAGUUCUCAUCAGUCAGUAAGGCUACAAGGUACACAACUGCGUCUGCAGAGAAUGAGUCAUCAUCUGGAGGAUCAUCAAAUUCUGUGUUGAUCAUUGCAGUUGCUGUUACACUAAGUGUCAUCAUUCUUGUGCUAAUCAUCAUAGGUUUUGUUUUUCUGAGGAGGAACAGGUGCACUAUAUAUAGAAAUGAGAUGAAAUCAGAGACUAACACAUAUGAUAGCGUCAUUACCAACAGAGCAACAUCUGGAACAAGCGAAUGUUUGGAGGCAAGCAAUGAGAUAAUGACAGUUAAUAGCUCAUAUGCUGCAGGUGCAGGCAGUGGUGCUGAAUCAACUGCAUACGAAGAGGUUGGAACCACUGCAGGUCAGCACAACAGGAUAAACGAGGAAGCGUUGUAUGAGAGUGUGGAUGAUGAAUCAGCACUUUAAUCUCAAUGUAAUAAUGGAGAAAACUCUCUGGUAAUAACUUGGCUGUUUUCAGGUUUAAAAUGCAUUUGUUAUAGUGUUUGUGUUCUGAUCUAUAUGUUUGACAUGGCCAUUAAUUGUUGGGUUGCUUGUAGCUAGUUUGUAUGAAGGGUUAGCUAGAAGUGAGAAGAAUAACUUUGUAUUGUUUGGGACUAUCUGCUUAUGAGAAGAUAGAGCUGAAUAUACAAAGUGGGAACAAUUUAGAUGAGUUUAACAAGAUUUUGAAUUCAUUCAAGUUUAUUGAAAAUUUCAAAGUUUAUAGAUUGAUUUUAUAGUA